UGUGUUGUUGACCGGGUUCUGACAGACUGUGUCACUGAAUGAAUUGGUUUAGCAAGUUAGCUUGCUAUUGCUGAUUGAAUUAACCCAAAUCUUCAGCCGGAGUGUCUGCUAGCUAUGUCGUCGUUACUGAAGCCGUUUUCUGUGUCUGAUGGGCCGUGUGAAAGUGGGGCUUUCAGGCAUGGACCAGGAUGCUCCAAGACCCCACACUCCCCCGUUCUACAGCCGGCCAUCAGCCCCACGUCCCCUGGUCUCGGGGCUGGGAUCACCAGGAACAAGCUUGACCCGGGGAUCUACCACACCUACUCCGCUAGAAGGACGUUGGCGGCUGCAGCGGCCGGAGGAAGGAAAGUCACUCACCCGGGGAAGGCUAUUUUAGCAGGGGGACUAGCGGGGGGGAUUGAGAUAUGCAUCACCUUCCCUACAGAGUAUGUGAAGACUCAGCUGCAGCUGGAUGAGCGAGCCAACCCUCCCAGAUACAGAGGCAUAGGAGACUGUGUUAAAUUGACGGUCCAGGAUCAUGGAUAUAGAGGUUUAUAUCGAGGUCUCAGCUCUCUCCUGUAUGGAUCCAUUCCCAAAGCUGCAGUACGGUUUGGGACUUUCGAGGUGUUAGCAAACACGAUGCGUGACUCGACUGGUCGCCUAGACAACACCCGCAGCCUAUGGUGUGGCCUGGGGGCGGGCAUAGCAGAGGCCAUCGUGGUCGUUUGUCCAAUGGAAACGCUAAAGGUGAAAUUCAUCCAUGACCAGUGUUCCCUGAAUCCCCGCUACAGAGGUUUCUUCCAUGGAGUCAGAGAGAUUAUCAAAGACCAGGGUGUCCGGGGAACAUACCAGGGUUUAACAGCGACUGUGCUUAAACAGGGAUCCAAUCAGGCAAUCCGCUUCUAUGUGAUGAACUCUCUGCGGAACUGGUACAAAGGAGACGACCCUCGGCGGGAGAUGCACCCUAUCGUCACGGCAGUGUUCGGAGCGACGGCCGGCGCUGCUAGCGUGUUUGGAAACACUCCUCUGGAUGUGGUCAAGACCAGGAUGCAGGGUUUGGAUGCCCACCGGUACAGCAGCACCAUGGACUGUGCCUUUCAGAUCAUCAAGAAGGAGGGGCCACAGGCGUUCUAUAAGGGGACAGUUCCCAGACUAGGCAGGGUGUGUCUGGAUGUUGCCAUAGUGUUUGUAAUCUAUGAAGAGGUGGUCAAACUUCUAAACAACGUCUGGAUCACUGACUGAACCAAUCGGAGGGAGGGAUUGAAAUGAAAUGGAAAGGGUGGAAAAAGAGAGGACGAAAGGAACGGAGAAAUCAGAGAUAUUGAGAGAUAAUGACAAAGUGAUGGAGGAAGAGAGAUUGGGGGCAGGAGGAGGUUAAGACUGUUUUAACGCACAACACCUUGAAGAUGUCUCUGUUAGCACAAAACAUUUGAGAUGCCUUUGUUAGCACAACACAUUGGAGAUGUCUCUGUUAACACAACAUCUCGAAGAUGUCUCUGUUAACACAACAUCUCGAAGAUGUCUCUGUUAACACAACAUCUCGAAGAUGUCUCUUUUGACACAACACAUUAGAGAUGCCUUUGUAAGCACAACACAUUGGAGAUGUCUCUGUUAACACAACAUCUUGAAGAUGUCUCUGUUAACAAAACACAAUAGAGAUGUCUCUUAACACAAAACACCGGAGAUGUCACUGUUAACACAUCACAUUGGAGAUGCCUUUGUUAACACAACACAAUGGAGAUGUCUCUUAACACAACACAUUGGAGAUGUCUCUUAAUACAACACAUUGGAGAUGUCUCUGUUAAAACAACAUACAAGAUGCCUUUGUUAGCACAACACAUUGGAGAUGUCUCUGUCAACACACAACACAUUGGAGAUGUCUCUGUCAACACACAACACAUUGGAGAUGUCUCUGUUAACACACUACACAUUGGAGAUGUCUCUGA